AUGUGUGCAAGAAAACUCAAUUUUGCGGCUGUUGAUAAACAUAAUCUUCUGAUUUUACAUAGAUAUGGUCUUAUUCUCAAACAGAAAAAUCCACAAGCGAAGAAUAUUAAAGAUAUCUUCUUAGACUCUGUACUCAAAUAUCAUUACAAUUGGAGCGCUUGGUUAGAGUUGGCUAACUGCAUAACAAAUAAAGAUAUGAUGGAAGAUAUACUGGUGUUACUUCCAGAUACUUUUAUGUCAAGAUUUUUUAAAAUUUAUUUAUCUGUAGAAUUAUUGGAAUCUUCCAAAUGUUUUGAAUUAAUUAAUGAAGUUCAACAUAAAUUUGCAGAAAAUAAAUUUUUACAGACACAAACAGCAAUUACAUAUUACAAUAAUAGGGAUUAUUUGGCAGCAGAGUCUGUAUUUGAAGAUAUAAUUAAAUCCGAUCCAUAUAGAUUAGAUGACA